UGGUGUGUGAGCUGAAGUUUAUUCUGGAUCUGUAAAAGAGCAAUUUGGUUGGGUGUUGGGGAAGACAGAGAAAAUGGGAUCGAGUGGUAGCAAACCCAAUGCUGGAGAGUCAUCUUCAUCCUCGUCGUCGGGUGUUCGGAGAUGUAAAUCCAAAGGAAGUGAAGUGUUGCAGUCGUCGUGUCUCGGCACACCCUCCUCUGGAUCUCAAAACGACAGUGACAAUGACGACCCUCAGGUUUCUGAUCAUCAGACGGAAGAACAUGGUAGUGACGGCCAGUGUGCUACCCAGUCUAAGUCAGGCUCGGAUGAAGUGAAAUCUGAAUGUUAUGGAAAAAUUAAAAUUGAAAAACCUGAUGAAACGGACACUUUAUCUUCCAAUCUGCAGCUUGAUGAGUGGAGCCAAUCCGGCCUCUCCGAUACUGUCUCUAGAGGUGCUAGUACUUCUGCCCGAGAUUUCACUUCUCGAUCAUUGAAUCCUUCAAGUGGCUUCUGUUCAAACUUUAGUUUCUUUCCUGGUAACAUAAGCUUCAGGCUAAGCAGGGCAAAUAGUUUAGGGUCUUCAGGGGCUUGUCAUGCAUCGUCAACAAGUUUCACAAUAUCUAAUGAUGAAGAAGAGCUUCAUCAACACAGAGGUGCUGCUGGUGGCUUAGUUAAUAGAAAAGAAAAUCGACGAGGCUGUGACUUGCUUUCUGCGUGCCUCCCUAAUAGAUCUCCUAGACCACAGUGUGAAGAUUUUGCGUCUGGAAACUUACAGUCACAUCCUUCAACUUCUGGUUUUUCUGAUGAUUUCCAAGAUCAUCAGAUAGGUUCCACUCAUGAUAUGCCCAGAGAUGUUGGUAAUACUAUGGUUGAGUUUAACGUAAACUUACAUUCUCCAAGAAAUAAUGCUGAAAUAGAUGGUACUGAGACAAGAUUUGCCGAUCGGAGGAUAGGAGCUCGAGAACCAAUGGAACGGAAUGUUCAGUUUAGUAGAACCCUAAGUGUUGGUAGACUUCGUGACAGAGUUCUUCGAAGGUCAUCCUUUCCUGAAUUGACAUUUUGCCCUUUGCAAGAAGAAGGGGAUAUGAGAAAUGCUAGUCAAGGUCGUGGGAGACAGGCUUCGAGUGGAGGAACAGGAGCAACGACAUCCAACGGGAACACCUUGAUCUCACCUAUUUCUUCUGGUUAUGCUUCAUCCAUUGUGUCUGAUUCCUUGUACAGGGGUCAAGAUGCCGAAGUAGAAACCUCACGCCCACGAGAAGCAAGGUAUCAUGAUCUCUUGGAACAUAGUUCGAAUUUCCUGGAACGUCGAAGAAGAAUAAGAUCUCAGGUACGUGCUCUUCAGCGGUUGGGUAGUCGUUUUGAUAACCUCUCUGGACAUGAGAGGUCUUGUAUCUUGUCUGGUCAACAUCGAACAGGUCAUUGCACAUGUCGUAUCAGUUCUCGAGACCCUAAUUCUGGUGAUGACACGAGUGCUAGGGCUAGCAUAUCAAGAAUUGUUUUGUUAGCUGAAGCUUUGUUUGAGGUUCUGGAUGAAAUUCACCAGCAAUCUGUAGUUUUAUCCUCCCGGCCUUCAGUGUCUUCGAGUGGAUCUGUUCCUGCACCUAAUGAAGUUGUGGAUUCCCUGCCUUUGAAAGCAUACUGUAAAAUGCAAAAGCAUCUGCAUGAGGAAGCUGCACAAUGUUACAUAUGCCUUGUUGAGUAUGAGGAAGGAGAUAGCGUGCGGAUUCUGCCUUGCCAUCAUGAAUUUCAUAGAACAUGCAUUGAUAAAUGGCUGAAGGAAAUUCACAGGAUAUGUCCGCUUUGUCGUGGGGAUGUCUGCAGAUCUGAUACAUCGCCUGCAGAGAAUUAAGCAGCCGGUUUAAUGUCUCUUUCUCAGAGACCAUUGCCUAAAUUGAGAGAAGUGGAGGGAUGCUGUAUCUUGGCAAAAAUAGAACGUCAUCCAAGUUCAUUUAAUGGUUUGAGAUGUUCAGUCUUUUUCUGCAGCUGUGUGUUGCACAAUAAACCAUCAAAACCUGGUAGAAAUGGACUGAACUAUUCGGGCCAUGACACCUCUCCUGGAAUAUUGAAAGCCGCACUCACACACACACAGAGAGACUGGCCCAGUAAAUUCAUGGAAAGGGCCUUCAAUAUAUUUUAAUUAUCAGCUGGUUUCUUAAGUUCUUGUGUUUGGCAUUGUUACACUGUUAAUUCCAUUUCUGGUGAGCCUUUGCCCAAUAAAUUGGAGAAAUAUGGAAGUGUUUUCCCUCGAGCUCUCAAUCCAGGAUGAAGAAUGUGUGGUCUUAUGAUUUGCAAAUUCGUGUAACCAUUCAAAUGUAUGCACAAUUGUUCCUGAUUUUCC